UACAGACAGGACUACGUAUGGAAGUCGGCGGCGGCGGCACAUCGGGCUUCAAGGACUUCGACGACAUAUUUGGAGAAUGCGAGCCAGAAGACAAACCCACGUCGUUGGCGGACGUUGUUCCAUGGGACGUGGAACCCAAACCACCGUCCCUUGUACAAGAAGACGCACAUUCGAGCGUGGCGACACCGGUGGGUGAUGCGUUCUUGGUGACGUGGGAUACGUCAGUAGCAACGAUGGAAUUCAAGACGUCGGAGUCACUAGACUUCCUGGACAUCCCUAGCGAACGCUCCGGCUUUGGAGAGGCACCUCGCGAAUCGUUUGCAGACGUUUUAGCCCCCGUCGACAGUUUGACUGAGUUCCUGGACAUCGCUAGCGAACGCUCCGGCUUUGGAGAGGCACCUCGCGAAUCGUUUGCAGACGUUUUAGCCCCCGUCGACAGUUUGACUGAGUUCCUGGACAUCGCUAGCGAACGCUCCGGCUUUGGAGAGGCACCUCGCGAAUCCGAACGCUCCAGCUUUGGAGAGGCACCUCGUGAAUCGUUUGCAGAGUUUUCAGCCCCCGUCGACAGUUCGACUGAGUUCCUGGACAUCCCUAGCGAACGCUCCAGCUUUGGAGAGGCACCUCGUGAAUCGUUUGCAGAGUUUUCAGCCCCCGUCGACAGUUCGACUGAGUUUGGAGACUUUUCCGCUCCAGCCGACGACUAUGCGGACUUCACGCCGAGUUCGGUUGCGGAUGCUUCGUCUGCCGACGACUUUGGGGACUUUGAAUCGUCAGGCGUGACGUCGUUUGGCGAUUUUACUUUCGUGCCACCUCCACCUCACGUUGCUUCUACACCUGUACCGUUUGAUCAAGCCAAGAUCACGUCGUUGUUGGCCCAAGGGUUUCCGAUACUGUCGUCGACACGCCCUUCUUUGUUCUUGCCAACGACGAGCUCGAGCACAACCCCCCACCAAAUCUUGGGCUCAGUGGAUUUUGAAAACACGCAAAAGCCCAUCGUGUGUACGUCGCUGCUGGACGUGUUGGUCAAGGACAUCCACACAAACCAUGUCAAGUGGGAUGCGAGCACCGCCAGCGUCCGGGAAGAAGCGGCGUACGCGUUGCAGCAAUGUAAAGCUACCCUCGCUCAAAAAGUAAACGAAGCAGUGGUGCACCAUGCCUUGUUCUCGGAAACGUCGACUGCAUACGCCGAGUACCAAAGCACGAUCCACUCGUCCGACAGGUCGGCGAUUUUGGCUGCAUUGCGAAAGCUACAGCUCGACAUCUUUGAAGACAUGUCGACCAAGGCGACGCUGUCCAUGGCGGAGCAGGCGGCGUUGUCUGCGCAGGCAUCCAUCGCCAGCCAUGCCCAGCAGCACAAGGAUAAAGCGCCGGGGCUGAAAUUCCAGUUUGCUUGGCAUUCAAAGGACAAACCCGACCACGACGACCGCGUGGCGUCGAUUCGGGUGCUCACGCCCACUGGCGCGUCGAUUUCCAAGUUACACCGCAACUCGUUCAGCAAUAUGCAUGCAACAACGAACACGGCAAGCGGGGGGGGCAGCGAGGGCGAACACACGAGUGGCUCGGACGGCGACGGUGACAAUUGGGAAACGGCCAGUGCCACGAGCGACUGCACGACUGGUGGGACGGCAGACGACCAUCGUCCCAGCCAGCCGAGCCGGACGGGGUCGGGGUCGUUGGCGGGGGCUGUCACGGGCUCAGGUCUGAUGAAGAAGCUGUCGACCAAGCUGGGCUUUUCGAGCCUACGAUCCACGCUGUCACUAGCUUCAACCAAAACCAAGGUGGUGAGUUUAUCGUUGCGGCGAAAGGGAGACAGCGCCGUGCGGACGUUCGACGCGCCCAUGGACAGCAUCAGCGGCGGCUUUGACGAACUCAAGUGGAAGUGCGCCGUGUUUCUGUACGACGCGGACGAAGUGGCCGCCGUGGCCCCGUCUCAAAUCCAAGUGAUCGGGUCGAAUGGGGUGACCGUGUCAUCCACAGACCGAUUUGCGCUGCAAAAGCUGCUCAAAGAUAAGGGCACCGUGUGGACCAUCGACGUGGGCACCGACGCGAAAGAGUCGACAAGUGACACUUGACGAUCCCUUGGAGUAGUCUGAUAGAGAUGUGCUAGCCACAUGUGUGCAAAUAGCAUAACUAUUGUAUUUGUGACGUUAUCUGUGGAUGAC